GACAAAAACAAACGAAGAAACCGAGAGCUCUGUCAGUUAGUGGCGGCAAUACAACAUUAGGGAUGCCUAACUGUGACAAACUCGGCAUGGACGUGUCUCGUAUUUAACUAUGCCUUAUUAGUCUAGCUCUAUGGAUACUGUUGUAACAAGAUACCUGUGUUUUUGUGUAAAAAUGGGUGACCCUGACAAAGAAACAAAGCUGAAAACCCUCCAGGAAUUGUGUUUUCAGGCUGUCCGGGAACAUUUCCACACUGUGGGAGUCGAGGGUGUUUUAGGUAAGUGAUAAAUAACAACGUUAUACUUUCUCUGGGAGUCAUUGUUACUAUGCUAUGAAGCACACGAACAGUGAAGACUAAAGAAAGUGACACGAACAGGAAGUAUUUGGCGUGUUUUGAGCAUCAACGUUAUUCAGUCAGUCUACACAUCCUACUGUAGAGACAUGGGAGCUAUCUGUGCUUGUGUCCCUUUAACCGUUAAAGGUUUAACCGUCCCUUUAACCGUUUUACUUUUAGUAUUCACAUACCCUGUAACCCGGGUUACAGGGUUUGUGAAUACUAAAAGUAAAGUAGAGGUGCUUUUUAACAAACGGAGACUUCUCUUUAAAGAGUCAAGUCAAUGUUUAUUUAUUAAGCACCUUUAAAAGACAGCAGUCAAACAAAAUGCUGUACAUGGGAUAAAUAAAAGAGAAUAAAAAAGAUAACAAUAAAAUAAAACUAAAAACAGUAGAAAAAAAUACAGACAGUAAGAGAUUAAAAGCUACAGUGCCUCUGAUUCCUGUGUGCUCAUUUAUUCAAAGCAAGAAAGAAAAGGUGGGUCUUUAAAGAUGAUUUAAAAGACCCUAAGGUCUGAGAGGCUCUAAUAUGGCCAGGUAAACUGUUCCACAGUCUAGAGCAGGGGUGUCAAACUCAACCACAGCAAGGGCCGUAAUCUGGAUUUAGGUCUAACCUGAGGGCCGAACAGGGUCAACAUUUCACCAAAACUGUCAACCUCCUUUUCCAAAAAUAUGUAACAAAAACAGCAAUGAUUAUAAAUCAUUUAGAAAUUCAAAAACGAUAAAAAAGAUAAGUUUAAAGGCAAUCGGAGAUAGAAAAAAAAUAUUUUUUUAAUUCUAUUUUUAUUUAUUAGUUCAAAAGAUCAAAGCGUGAGAUUAAAAAUGGAAAAAUAAUGCAUUUAAAGAGCAAAUACAUGAGAGGAACGUUGAAAUCAGGUUUAAAAGGUCAAAAUAUGACUUAAAAUUUAAAAUUGGAACCUAAAGUAUAAAAGUGACACAUGUCUAAAUACUGAGUUUUAAAUAAUGGUGCUAAAGUUUACAUUAUUAUCCUGGAGGAAAUCUGUAGACCUUAUACUGGUGGGCCAAUAUAAUAUAAAUAUGAUCUGAUCUCGUGGGCCAGAUAUAAUCAUUCCACGGGCCGGAUUUGGCCCCCGGGCCUUGAGUUUGAAACCUGUGGUCUAGGGGCAACUGCUGAAAAUGGGGACGCUCAACAGUAGUUGGUCAGAGGACCUUAAGGCUCUGGCUGAGGUGGUAUUGUGCUAAUCAAAUUAAAAAAGUCAAGUUAAAAAAAAGUCAAGUUAAAAUGUUAGACAUCAGUGCAACACAUGCGCAAGGUUUCAGAUUACAAGAUUAAUGUGUGUUGAGGUAAUCUCCAAAUGGGACUACAGGGUGUCUUGAAUGGUUUGUCAAAAAAAACUUACACAAGAAUUCAACAAGAUCAGUAUGAGAUUUGCUCAAAUCCUGGGACAGUGAAAGGAACAGUGGCUGAAAAGAAGCAACUAAGAAAGAGGCUGAAAUGAGGGGUUUUUAAAGACAGCAGCCUGAAAUGUAUCAAGAAUUUGUUGAGCUUAAAAUCAUGUCAAACUGCUAAGAAGUAAUCAGAGCGGUAAUGCCAGAAAAAUGAAGCAUCAUACCCCCCCUGUUUUUUCAUGUUUUUCUGUUAAUCUUUGUGUUUGUCAGUGAAAAUGAGACAUUUAUAUCUACUGUGAGAAUAACCUCAAUUAUCUGUUAUAAAUCAGGUCUGCCAUCGCCUCUCAUUACGGAUCUGCUUCCUCAUCUGACUGUAUGUCAGUUGGAUGAAAUCCAGCCUGCGCUCAACAAUAGAGGUAAGAGCCACAUAUGAGUUAUCCAUAUACUGUAUAAUUAUUUUAAUCUCAUCUUUGUUCAUAGAGGUGGUGCUAAUUCUUUUCUCCUCUCAGGGAUAUCAACUUACCCUGGAUGGAUUGGGGUUCUGCGAGAAAUGAGUGGACCCAAACAUGUAGGUGUGAUUUUUUUCACUAACGCGUGUUUCUGAUAAACUCAAGCAAAACAGAAACUCUGAUCGUUGCUCCUGAUGAAAAAAUCACCUUGAUCAAAAAUCGCCUUGGAGCUCUGGGCCCAUCUGUUGAAAACAGCCUCAGAAACCUCAGGGUUGUUUUUGACCAAGCCGUGGCUUUAGAGGGUCAUUCAUGACAGCUGACCAAAAACAGUUUUUAUCACCUGAGAAAUAUCCAUACCGGGGUGAGACUAUGGAAUGGUAAGGGUGAGGAGUUAAAACAAUGUCCAAACAUAAAACAGUUUAAAACAAAAUAUAAAGAAUAAGUUUUCACGGGAUAUAGGGAUGUACAUUCAUAGUAACUAUUAUCAUUAUCAUCAUUGUUUUGUUUUUGUUGUUUGUUGUUUUCACUGUGGUGAUUUUUUUGAAUUGAUAUAAUUACUAUGAUGAUUAAUAUUAUUAUAUAGUGAUAUAUAUGAUAUAUAUAUAUUUAAACUAUUAGUAUAGAUAAGGGGUGGGACUACUUUUUUGUUAUUUUUUUUAAUAUGUUCAAAAUAAACUUCAAUCAAUCAAUCAAACAAAAUCAAAAAAUCUGUACAGUGAGGAGAAUGUUGUCUACACCAGAUCUUGAAUUGAUCGCUCAUGCGUUUAUCUCAUUGCGUAUUGAUCACUGUAAUUCUCUGUUCAUUUGUUUUAAUAAGGCGGCAAUUAAGAGGCUUCAGUUCAUCCAAACUUCUGACAGACAUGCCCAAAUCUGCUCACAUCACCCCUGUCUCAUCGCGUCUUCAUUGGCUAGCGGUCAAUUUCCAUAUUCAUUUUAAAAUUUUAGUUCUAACUUUUUGGGCGCUGCAUGGUCAGGCCCCCCAAUGUAUCACUGAUUUGUUGUGUCCCUACUCCCCAGGGUGCACCCUUCGGUCGUCAGGCUAGAACACCCUAAUGGUGCUUUAGACAAGCUUUUGAUUAACAGGGUUUUGUUUGUCUCUUUUACUUAUCUUUUAUAUCUGCUCUUAAUUCCAUAUUCACUGUACUGUAUUCAUAUUUGUGUAUGUUUAUGUACUUAUCUUUUUUUGUACUAUUUUAUGUUUAUCUAAUUGCACUUAUUCUAUGUGCAGCGCUUUGUGGUUUUUAUUUGUGAAAAAGGCUCUAUAAAUGAACUUUACUUACUUACUACUUACAUGUUUGCAUUCUUAACCCUUAUAUUUAAUUUUGUCUCCCAUGUUAUAUUUCAGGUAAUAGAUCUACACACAGAAGACGAAGCCAAACACCAAGUCAUGCGAAUGCUUUUUACAGUUGUAUUCUAUGGCUUCACAAACUUUUAUGUUAAAAAAAACAUCAAAAAUCUGAAUACUCCACCUUUUCUGUGGGCUGCAGCCAAAUGUGUCACUCAGUUUUUACUGGAUGCAUGCCUGAAUGACCGCCUUAAGCGUUUGAUUGCUGAUGAGCGACCUCUUCUGGACCUGUUUGAGAGGCGCAUGACAAGUGUCAUCAUCUCACAUUCCCUCGAUCUAUCAAAGGAGAAGAACCGGGCAGGAUUGUACAUCUUUCACCGUCUGGUAGACCACGGAGUUGCUAAUAGACUUGUUAUACACAACGACUGUCCUUUCGUUUUGGCUUGGGUCCUGCACAAAAGGGGAUCCCAGUAUGUACACCCUGAGCUGAAGGAACUUAUGCUCACAAGAAAGAAAAGCUGUUUGCCACAAGAUACUUCAGACGGAGCCAGUUGCAGCUCUCUGCUUGCUGGCAGGGCUUCAGGAGACCUGGAUGACCACGCCAUGCCGUGCAAACGUCCAAAGACCAGUUUUGUGUCCUCUAAAGAGGAGGAAGGAUCUGGAACAACAAACUUUGACCUGGACCCAGAGGUUCUCUGCCAAGCCUUUGCUCCCUGUGACGAUCAGCCAACAGGGACUUGUCCUCGGGGGCAGAUUCAUAUUUUGGAGUUCAGUAACUGUAGGUCAGAGUCCUUGAAGGUGCUGAACUCCGCCUUGCCCACAUUUUUCAGCCUUCGUUCUCUUAUCCUGCACAGCUAUCGUAAGUUUUCGUGUCGUCAUACAGCCUUGAUUACAGUUGUAUAUAGUGUCAUCAUAAGUUUUCUUUUUGAAAGUGAACAACAAAAAGCCAUUAAAAAAAAUCUUUGAGGAGCUGUUUGCGAGAGUCCAUGAUAACAAUCUCGCAGUCUUCUUCAGUCACAAGUUUCUUGGUGUAAUAUAAUAUCACAUCACUAUUCAUGUCGUAUGUAACAUUUUUUCACCCUUAACAACUAGAACAAUUUGACACUCGAUUUUACACUCUGUAGGAAAAAAGUUAAGUCUCAGAUUGAACACUUGUGUGAAAAAAUACUCCCACAAAGUAUUAUCUCCAACAGAAGAGUGAAUUUUUUUAUUCAUGUGCCUAAAAUUUCACAGAUAUUAUACCAGAUUUGUAGCUCCCACCACUAAAAUAACAACAUAAGUACAAAGAAAGGUUGCUAUGCUUCAAUACUUGUUCUGAAAUGUAAAAACUGUUGGGUUUUUUUCGUGCAGUGACCUUUAAGGACUCGGAUGUGUUGGACCUUGCAAGAUCACUGAGGCAGCUGUCUGAAAGCUCCUGCAGCUCCCUUACAAAUCUAAGUGUCUGUGCCCUGCCCUACACCAAGCUCAUGAAGUUCCUGCUGAAUGCAAACUCCAAAAUGAAAUCCCUGCAUGUGGGGAUCAACACUGUGGUGCCCUGUACCCAGGUUCCUGAGUCAGACAUGUCAGACAUAAAAGGUGAAAAAGACUUGAAGUGUGCAGCAACCUCACGCUAAGUCUGAUCGCUGUUUUGAGUUGUUUCUGUUUGGAUUAUAAGACGUAUUGAGACAGUCUAUCUGUCCUGUAAGUGAUGAAAAACAACUUUAUAAUCUAUAUAGAUGGGAAACUAAAAGAUGCUGACAUUGUGAAACCCAAGUACUGAGUAACAGCUUAAAGGCAUUUGAGGCUUCUGUCUUUGAAAUGUGUCAUUUUGAUCAGCUUGAUUGUGAUUUUUCCUGCUUCUGUGUUGUAGCAGACCUCCCCCUGGAGAAACUGACCAUCAACGUAACUGAGUUCCAAACAGACCUACAACUUGUCACAUCAGUGCUGAGACAAGCUCCUCACCUCACCACACUUUAUGUCUCCGGUAUGAGAUUACCAACGGGCUCUUCUCAAAGCUUACUCCUGACCACUCUCUCAGGUAUAUUGUCAUUUAUCUUUGAGGUUUGAGUGUUUGGACCCUUUAGAAACAUGCAGGGUACUGGAGAGAUUGUUGUUUAGACCUCUUUUACAAAGUCAAUAAUUGAGAAAUGCUAAUUAAGAAAAGGAAUAAAGAAAUCAAAUGAGGAUUAAUAUUCUACCUACUGUCAGAAAAAAAAGUUUCAUUGAGCCCACAGUUAAGCUUUGUCUGUGGUCACUAUUUCAGAGUCAAAUCCCUGCCUGAAGAGUCUUCAUCUGGAGGACAUGAACCUGUCUGAUUGUCUUCCUGAGAUCAUUCAUCUUCUACAAAAGUGCAAGCUGGAAGGUAAAAAAAAAAUCAUGGUUUCAGCAGUGAUGACAGCAGCCUUGGCUCUAGUGACGUUGAUUACACCUGUUCAUAGUGUACCUGCUCUCUGAGAUAGUAAAGUUUAUAUUAUUUUAAAUUCACAAUUUGGCAGUGCUACUAAAUACACUUAAUGUGUAUCAAGUGUGUUUUUGUUUUUGAUAACAACAUAUACAAAUUAUGCAGCCCCAAGUAAUGUGAAAAUUGGACAGCUUAGUGUCUCCAAUUUCUUCUCCUUUCCUUCCUUACAGAGCUGAAGCUGAAUGACUGUCGCCUUUUGGAGAGAUGGAGCAACAAGAAGAGCAGUUUGACGCAGUUGAUGACCGCCUUGAGGACAGUGCCUUCUCUCCACACGCUCAGUCUGGCUCAGAAUCGGCUCGGUGAGCACAUCUUCCCCCUGGACAGAUUUAACUGUUUAGUGAUGAACCGAUACUGGAGUUAUGCAUCACGCUGUCUAAAUAUACGUCAUGGUGAUGUACUCAUGUAGUUGUCUCAAUUUACUCUGCUGACAACUGGGUUAUAUGCCUGGAUGCUAAAAAUACGCAUGUGUUGUUUACCCGACCCAAAUUUUGAUGAAGUUUUUGUUAAAUACAGUCCUUGCACAGAUUCAGAACUUGAUCUGUGCUGCAGGUAUGUCUCUUGUUAAAAAAAAAAAGUUAAAACUGUAUAAACCAUCUGUGUCAACAGCCAAGACUGUGUGUGUCCUGGCGGAGCUGUUCUCAGGAUCGUCACCAUCUUCAGUAAAACGACUUGACAUUAGGUAAGAGCUGCAGGUGACUCAACACUUUACUUCACAUUACAAAUAAGAGGGCGAGUUAUGAGCUGGUGCACUGCUAGGUGAACUGAACACAGUUUAUUUCAACUGAACUUCUAGUGGAGAAGUUAAAGUUGUGCAUGGCAGGGUUUUAUUCCAUGAUUAUUUAUUUACUUUUUUCUGAUUGAAUUUUUUUUUGUCUGGGCAGCUCCAACUUUAUUCAGCCGGCUGAUCUGCUGGAGUUUGCCGAAACAUUGAGGACGUAUCACCCCCCACACAAAUUAACUCUUGACCUCAGGAAAAAUCCAGGAGAUCGAGACAGCGAGACAUGGGACACUGCACUGAAGACACUCCCUCCGUCUUGUAUACCACUGGUUGAAGGAUGGGUAUUCACCAACACUAUGGCAGACCACAUAAGCAAUAUGUAGACGAAGCUGGUGGAAAAUCCGAGGACCAAACUAUCUGCUAUUGGAGAAAAGGCAGCUGUUAAAGCUAGUGGAUAAAAUUCUCUUUGAUAGAGAAAAGUUGUUAGUUUGACUUCAAUUAGUUGAAAAUAAUUUAAAGUUCCUCUGUUCAAGAAAAAUCUCAGGACCACAGUUGCUGUGGCAGUCAGCUAUCUGCUGUUCUUUCGGUAUUGUUCAGUACUGUUCAGUAUUUCUUAUUCACAGCCUCUAAAGCUGUCUGUCGUGUGACUCAGCACCAAGAAGGCAGCAUUUGAGUGUUAGUACACUGUUGUGCAGAUUGGAUGAAAUUCUGCAGCUGGUUUUAUGAAUCCUGAAGGAUGUUGGAGGGCAAAGAGCGCCCAUGUUGUUUUUAAUUUCUUUCUUGUUGGGGACACAGUUCGUUGUCUAUUGGUUUGCAAAAAAUGUGAAGCUACUGUUUUUCUUUUGUAAUUAAUUGCACUUUAAACUUGAUAAAUAAUACAUGAUCUGAUGUUAGUUUGACAUUUGAAUCUUUUAUUAAACCAACAUCUGUUACACUUCCAGAGUCUUCCUUCGGACAGAGUGUGAGUGACAGUGGACAUUAAGAGACAACUGAAAAACCUGGAGGAUUGAUGCAAAGGUGAAGAGCAGUUUCACAGCAGCUGUCUCGCACCUUCUCCUUAUUGUCAUAUUCUCAACGUUGGACAAACAGCGUCAACACUGACUACUAAUAAAUUAUUAGUAGGAACCAAGUAGAAAAAACAACCAGAAAAAUGGAUUAAAAAGAGCUUAAUCUUUUUCUUAGUGACUUUUAAAGCUAAAUACUGCAACACUUAGUUUCUGUAAAUUCAGUUUGUUUCCUUGUAUAUUUUCAUAUUUUCAUGAAUUGAAGUUGAAGAGAGUGAAGACCCUAUGUCUGCAUGCUAACUGGUUGAUUUGUUGGGUCUAUCUACAACCAUCUCUUACAUUAGACAAAUACACUCACACACAUCACAUACACACUCAUACACACUGCUGCAACAUUUCAGCCUGGACGGGCUAUCUCCGAGGCUUUAGGUUUACUAAGAGGUUAUCAGGAAGUAAAAUUAUAUUUGGCUAUGUUCAUUCUUCACAAAGAGGUGAGUUGUCCAAUGGGGGGAAAAACGAUUGGCUUGCAUUCAUACUGGAACGAUACCCUGAUAAAAAUAAUCAUUCAACACUCGAAGAGCUGAAGCUGGAGCAAGCUGCGGUAGUGCAGUACGUUGUUUUUUUGUAGCUCGCGGAUGGGACGCAAACUAGAACCCAAACUACUUACUCCUUAUGAAUUCAACGCUUUAACUGAUUGCUGACACUCUUUGAUUCAGUUUCACAGGAUGGAAGUAAUCAAAAGGUAAAAUGUACCAGAACUUCGUAAUCAAUAUCUCAAUUAAUGCAUACCUUGCUAAGCUUGUAUUAAAUCUACUAUUUGUAUGUAUUUAUAUAAACUAAAUUAAUGGAGUUCAGCGCAUCAGUAUGCUUCUUUUAGCAUUCCUAGACUCACAGUUAGGGUAGACUGGCCUCGUGCGCGGAGGAUGGAUGACUCAUUCAAUUAACUUUCAACCAUAUCACCCCCUCAUACAAGUUCUAACAACUGUCUUUGAUCUUUGGUCGCCAAAUCAGUGCAUCCCUUAAAACUGGAGGCACUAUGGGAUUCAAGUCGUCAUGUCCUUGGUCUUGUUUUGCAGAAACAUUAAAUAAGUUUAGUGUUAAUCAGAAUUUCUUGCAUUCUUAUUCUCUCCAGUUUAUGCCUAAAUAAAAUAUAUUGGUUUGAUGGUCUGAUUAUAAGAAAGUGUUGAAGUCCAAACAAGGAGGAGCUGUGUCUUUGCUCAGAGCGUUGGCUGCAUAUUUUAGCACCAGAUGUUUGAUGUGGACACUGUAGCUUCAAAGCUGACUGUUGCAAUCCCCCGUAUCUCCAAGAGGCAUGAAACAGUUUUUUUCUCUUCAAUAACUGGUCCCCCCUGUAUCUUAAAAAAGCCAAAGAUUUCUUCUGGACAAAUCACUUCUUUUUUGAAGUAUGAUUUCGACCUACAGAUAUAGAGCUUAGUGGGAAUUAAAAAUACUUUGUGGUACUUGAAUGAAUGACUGUUCAGAGAUGGGUUUCAAUUUCUAAACUUGUAAAAAUUUUAGAUCUCUAUCAAUGUGAGGAAAUUUCACACUUUAACAAGACUGAAAGAAAAAGAAACAUUUAGUCCCCUCCCUGUUACACGACCUUCCACAGCAAAUUCUCACUGUUACAUAUGAUGCUUUUUCCUUUCUCGUUUCCUUAUAUACUUAAUUUUACAGUCUGUACAGUGUUAAUGUACAUGUUAUUGAUGUGGAGUAUGGAUGUAAGAAAGAGUGAACUGCACACCACGGACCACACACACACACACGCUCACACACACAUAGCAACACUCAUUGCAGUUGCCACAAAGAGAGGGGUUCAUUUUCAACAAAGAUGAACGGUGAAACCGAGUGUCAUCUGGACCUUUUAAGGUGGAAGUCAGUGGUUUUCCAGAAUGGUCCGUAUGUGUGUGUCUCAUUCACAACCGUUCAUUUACAAGAAAAACCCAAACGAAGAAGACUGAUACAGCAAUACUGACAGUCGUACAUCAAGCCAUAUGUGCCCUAACGUUUGAAAAACUGCUCAAUUGCACUUCAACGCACUUGUACACACACAUACAUACACCCAUGUGUCGUAACAAAAACACACAUUGGAGCCUUACAAUAAAUUUUCUCAAGAAGGCAUUAAGGACAUCUCCUUAAAUAAAUAUAAAUAAAUUAAAUCAUAUAAAACAACAGGUUAAAAACAUAGAAAUUCUGUUAAGUACAGCAAAAAAUUUCAAAUCAACACAAUAACCCACAGUACUUGCUCAUAGACACAGACCAUAUGAACGCAAUUAUGGGUACAUUUUGUAAACAAUGACAGACAGACAGACAGACAGACAGACAGACAGGGACACGGAAAGGUCGACACAUUCACAAAUCAUUAGUGAGCCGAAAGGCCUGUCAGGGAAUGGAGAUGGUGUUGAACUUGCUCUGUGGGGUCAGGAGGGGUGAAAGGGAGUGGCUGUGGGUAUGUUGCAAAAGCUGGCACUUCUAAAAUCCCUCCCAGGAGUUACAAGCAUGCUGUGCUGUAUACAAAUAUGAUGAAGCCUUGUUGGCAGUGUUCCUAUCAAUCCCUCUACAUUGUCUGUUACUCAUGGUUUCGGGUUAUGGCGUGUGGUCAACAGCCAAUGGGAUUUGACAGCACCAUAUACAGUGGCAGAGAGGCUCAAAGGGAAAUGAUCUACUGGAGACAACUAAAAAGCUAAACUAUUUCACUGAGUUUGGUUUAUAACUAAGGAUAGGCAAUCAGAAAAAAAAGCAAGAGGCACUGGUUGACUUUCCUUAUAUGCAAAGGUCAAGCAAAUAUGUUGGAACCAAGCUACUCCCCCACUUUCCCUGACCGCCAACCCUUUUGUUCAGUGGUUCGAACAUGGACACCAAAACACACCUGUAAUGUUUCAAAAACAGCUCAGCUUGAGGGUGUUUUCUACCGUUUAUCUGCUCUACUAUGACAGACGACAGAUCAGUGCUGAUGUUAGCCGAUUACAAACUAAAGAUGACUAUUUAUGACACCAGUUUGGUGACUAUGACUCUCCUCUGCUUGGGUAGCUGCUUCACCCUGUUUUCUCUAAGUUCUCUUGAAAAAAUAUUCAACAUUUAAAAGUUGUGUUUCCAAAAUUGGCUGCUCAUAAUUCAAGUAAUCAUAAGACACUGUCACACCAGUGUUUCAUAGUUUUACCAGUGGGCCUGCUAACAUAACAGGUUAUGGUAAAGCAUGAGAGUUGGAUAAAACUCUCAAAACUACCUCUUUGUAGUGCUGCCAGUGUGGUAAAUGCUCACCAGUUAACAUUAAGCCGGUAAGCAGCUGGGCAUAGACUUCUGACUAAACUCUUCUUCAGUCAGCUACACUAAUGUGUAAUUCAGGCUGCAUAUACAAAUUAAUGUUUGUACCAGCAAAAGAUAAUACAGUCUGGGGUUAUUCACAGUGAGAUCUCAUAUUUGUCAUUAUUCCCCAGCAAUAAACAAUAAAUAUCUCUCAGUUUAUACUAAACCUAAUAAAUGAGUAAACCUUAAGCAGCAAAAAUCAUUUCCUAAGUCUUUACUUUUACAGCUCCUUGAGCAAACAGCCGGUGAGGACUGUAAAAGAUUUUUGUAAAUUUAAUUCAAGAUUUAGUCAGACCUGUUUCAGCACAUAGGAGGGAAAACUAUUAAUAACACUUUUCGUAUGUUUCAUAAUCUGCAAAUAGUUCUUGUUCUUUCACAGUGGAGAAUAAGUCACCACUCCCCAGAGCAGAAAUCUUCAUUAUGUUGUCUUUACGGUCACAGUUUCAAGAAAUCGAGAAACAUUUGAAGCCAGGCUGUGCUGAGAUGGUUAUCAACCAGCAUGAAGGUAAAAAACAAGAGGAGUGAAUUAGUGUCCAAGUUCCCUCACUGGAUGGAUAAGUAGCUAACAUAGCUAACAUUGCUAAUGCCUAACCCUACCACUGCCUUCCCAAACGGCUACACUUAGUUACAUGUGAGCAAAGAGUUUUCCCCUUUGAGACAGCAGAAGUUUGCCAUCCUGAGGCAGGAUUAAAAAUGGAGGAGUAAAUAGCCUCUGGGAUGACUUCUUAGCUCUGUUAUGGCAGUGUAAAUAAUGUCAGACACAGCUUUACUUGUCUACCUGAUGUCGAAGACAUGUGUCUCCCAGGCUCACUCUGAUAUCAUAAGGUACUGAUGGGAUGGUGCAGCUAAGCUGCGAAUCUUGUGAAAGUCUCACACUGAACCCUUUGCAUGUGUUGGUUAGCCAGGGUAUGUGUGAGAGAUUUGAACACCUGCUGCAGAAUGUGUGUUAAGUAUGUUUGAAUGAAUCCAUUCAUUCAAGUGAUAAUUCUGGCUUUGUGACAGGUGGUGUUACACACUGCAGUGGUUGAAAUACUGGUGUAAGACUUCGUACUGUGUGUAAGUGUGUGUGCUCCAGUUUGUAUGUGACUGCGUGUGGGUAGUUAGGCAGGGGUAAACAAACUCAAA